AUGUGGUGGUUAGUUGUCCUGAACAUCGACAUAUACAAACUGGGAUUAGCACUAAGAAAAUCAGUGGAACUUGGCAAACCAGUUGUUGAAGCAAAACAAUACGAACUGCAGAAUAAAAAAGAUGUGCAGCAAUCAAGAGUUUUUACACUUUCAAAAGUGAAACGAGCACAUUUGGAUAAGGAUAAAAAUACUGACCAGGCCUCAGUUGGAGUUGAACGGGAACAACGUCAAGCCCUGCUUGCCACUCAGCUAAUGAUGCAGCUGGUGUGGGCCCUCUGGUUGGAGGAUAGAGGUCCGGAUGAAACUGGUCUGACUAAAAUCAAAUGGUCAAAGUCGACUUCAUCAGCACCAAGUAGAAAGCUGAUUUCAUUGUGA